AUGGGAUCGACCUUGUGUUUCGUCCGCUACAUGUCGUUGGGACUAAUAGUCAUUUCCCUAUGUAUUUUACAACAGAAAUCAGUAUUUGGUAUCCAAUGCGUGGUCUGCAAUUCCUAUCUUGAUGGCCAAUUGUGUGAACCAUGGGAUCAAUUUACAUUCAUAACAAAUUGUUCAAAGUAUCCUGGAAUUGAUGCAUCCAAACCAAUCAGUUGUCGUAAAAUCGAUCAAGUCGUGGAACAUGAGAGACGUGUAGUACGUCAAUGCAGCAAUGUUAUCGAUAAUCUGGGUUGUAUUGAUCGUGUUGGAACAAAUGAUGUGCGAAUUCGUUAUUGUCAUUGCACAGAAGAUCUAUGUAAUUCAAUAGCUCCAGUCAAACCUCAAUCAUUUAAUUAUUUAUGCUUGUUAUCUGUCUUAAUUUUUAGCUUCAUGAAAUUAUUAAUACACACGUGA